AGCGAUACAGUAGUGACACCCCCUCAGCCCUUCCUCCUCCUCCUCCUCCUCCGGCCUCAAUAAGCAAACCGAGAAGUUACCACAAGUUACUGGCAACUUCUCCGCUGCACCUUCUCCACCUUAAACACAGGCAGAGGACCGGUCCGACCCACCUGGAGGGAGCAAGUUCACAGAGUAAUGUCAGUAUUAACACCGUACACAGCUGGUACAGAUAGUUUCAGGUGCCGGUAGUCGGUUAGUGUCGUGAAGAGGACUAACGUUACUCGCUGCUUUGCUUUCUCUCAGAACCGGCAGCCGAUAAGCCUCAAAAAGACGAGAUGCCUCACAAACACAAGUCCAAGUCCUGGACGGAGUUGAAACAAACUGGGAACGAUAGUUUCAAGGCGGGCCAGUAUGGAGAGGCCACCAAUUAUUACAGCCAGGCCAUCAAAGAGCUGGAGAAGUCCAAUAAAAAGAAUCCAGAAGAUUUGGGCAUUUUGUACUCAAACCGUGCAGCCAGCUACCUGAAAGACGGCAACUGUGCAGAGUGUGUGAAAGACUGCAACACGUCUCUGGAGUUGUACCCGUUCAAUGUGAAGUCCCUGCUGCGUCGUGCUGCUGCCUACGAGGCUCUGGAGCGUUACAGACCGGCCUAUGUAGACUAUAAGACUGCUCUGCAGAUCGACUGCAACAUAGCAGCAGCUCACGAUGGCACCAACAGGAUGACGAAGGCGCUCACAGAGGCAGACGGUCUGUCGUGGAGAGAAAAGCUUCCUCCCAUCCCCACUGUUCCUCUGUCUGUUAGAGAGAAACUGGUCCAACAAGCUGCAGGCAACGCCGCACCACCAAAACCUACACCGAAACAGAACGGCACCAGACAAACAAACAAAUCUGCUCCCAGUGAAAAAGACAUGAAGAAAGGCCAAACCCUGAAAGAGGAAGGCAACGCCCUGGUGAAGAAAGGAGAGCACAAGAAGGCCAUAGAGAAGUACACCCAGAGCCUCAAACUCAACCCCACUGAGAUCACAACCUACACCAACCGGGCGCUGUGUUACCUGUCAGUGAAGCAGUACAAAGACGCUGUCAGAGACUGUGACGAGGCCCUGAUGAUUGACAGCAGCAACGUCAAGGCUCUCUACAGGAGGGCUCAGGCUCACAAAGAGCUCAAGAACAUCAAAGCCUGUGAGGACGAUCUGAACAGCCUGCUCAAAGUGGAACCAAAGAACUCUGCCGCCCUGAAGCUGCUGCAGGAGGUGCAGAAGAAGAAAUGACGACACAUCAGGGACUCUGGAGGCAGCGGUAAGGAUCUGUCACUGCACUGCGUACAGAAAGGAGAGGACGACGAAUCACUGAUGCUUUUAUAAGAAAAUUAAAAAAAAAAAACCAGCCGAGCAGUGACACGAUUCAGCCGCUUUAAGUCAAACACUUGACCUGUGUUUCCCAAAAGCUUCAUCCACACCGGACACGUGUUUGAUCUGUUUGCUGUCGCUGGGACAAAUGUGAGCUUGGUCUCGAGACGCUUCUGGAAAACGCAGCUCCGGUUUAUGAGAACUGAGGCGCCUUGGCCAUGUUUGUAUUUUACCAGUUCAAGUCACUUAGUAUUUAUGUUUAUUUAUAAGAGGUGAAAUUACUGACACGCAUCAUAGUUCUAGCUGAGAAUGAACCUUUACCGUCAUCAUUUGUUAAACUUCAGCAGGUAAUCAGCCAUCAUGUCGAGCUCCGAAACCUAGAUGUGUUAACAUGACAAGCUUGUUCUGCUAUCACAUGACAUCAGGUCAUGUGAUCCAGCUCCACUGACACAUGAAGUUUAUGGCAUAAAAAUGUUCUGACAUUAGAACUGAAUAAAAAAGAUGAGGUAAUUAGUUGCAGCUCAUUAGGUUUCAGAUAGGAGUGGGUGAUAUAGCAAUCUGUCAUGGUAUAUAUUGAUCAAUAUGUAUUGUGAUACAGUCAGGGUUAGGAAAAUAAAUUGAUAAAGGCCUAAUACAAGUACAGAAUUAUUUCUUUUAUUAGUACUGUCUUGUUGAGCACCUUGUAUUGUCAUUUUGCACAAAAGGUGCUAUAUAAAUAAAGUUUAUAAAGAAAACAUUUUACCUGUUGAGACGUUUACAUCGUCCCAUGGUUUACACCGUCAUAUUUAGCAGCUCAGGUUCUCGUUGCAGUCAAGGUAAUCGUUUGUUAUUGCCAAUAACGAUAUUCUGGAAACUCAAGAUGACAUUUUCAAGUUGCUAGUUUUGUCUGACAAUCCAAAGAUAUAAUUUAACUAGCGCAUAAAACAAACACCUUCAAAUGAUAUUUUACAGAAUGUUGUGCAGUGAAAAUAACACAAUCAGUGAAAUUGGCAAACAACCUAAAAACAGUGAUAACAGUCUCUCAACUUAAAUUUAAUCUGCUCCUUAUCACAUCAAAGCUUAAACUGUGUGUACACCAGGUCUGAAGAACGCGUGAGGUACUCACAUUUAUAAAUAUCAGUUUGUGUGUGGCAAAAGGCGUACGCAUGGUUUUUAUGCACACACAUCAUUAAUGCACCUGGCACCUAGUGUGUAGGAUGUAGCGGUAUCUAGUGGUGAAGCUGCAGAUUGCAACCAACUGAAACGUCUCCUGUGUGCCAAGUGUGUGGGAGAAUUAUGGUGGCUGACGUGAAAACAAGAAACCAUCUUGAGCCACUGUUGUUUCUGUUCUGGUCUGCUGCAGAACAACAUGGCGGACUGCAUAGACAAACAUAACGAAACAUUUACGGCUUAUUCGAAGGUAAAAACACAGUGAUUAUUAUUUUCAGGUGAUCAUACACUAAAGAAAACCUAGUUAUGAAUAUUAAAGUGCAUUUCUCCCUCACAUCAAAAUCCAACCAACCCGCCCAUCCAAACUUUGGUGAUCGUAAAGGUUUAUUCUGUAUUUCAUUGACAAGUUAACGACCAUUUUUCACAUAAUGUUCUACACUCAGGUAGUUAACUUAUUUAUCCUAUAUUUGGUUUUCUGAGGCUUUUGCGUACGUGUGAAUGUGUGUCUUUUUCUCAGUGGACUGAUGUUCAUGCCGUGUUCACGUCAUAUUGGAUGGAUUGUACUAGAGCUGCAACUAAAGAUUGUUCUCAUUAUCAAUUACUCCGCCCACUAAAAUAAUUGUGCAAUUAUUAAAAUAGUUGCCAAUUAAUAUCAGGUUUCCCACAUAUUUCAUGGACAAAAUUUCCAAACUUUUCCAUGACUUUAAGGACCCACAAUAAUGAUUUUUUUAAUUUCCUUCGUUUUCUGUUGAUCGACUGAUAGUUACAGCUCUAGAGAUUACCAUGUUUUCGACUUGUAAACAUUCACAUCGUCGGGCAACAUGGGACGAUUGCACUUAGUUAUUGUUUACCAUGCCAUGGCAAUAUGGCACCAUAUAUGUUUAUUACCUUGAACAACAGACUUUAGCAGACAUGAGACGUCCACUUGCGCACUUCUGAUUAUUCUGGACAACUGAUGUGAACUCUGCUUACAACUCAAACCAGUAGUUAUCAUAAUUCCGAUAUGACUUGAACGUAGCAUCGCAAAUCAGUAUUGUCAGUAUUGAAGACGGUGGCAUCCUCAAAUCCAGAGCCUGUCGGAAACAAAAUGAAGUGUUCUUACCUUCUUUCCUGCCUCGUUUCAGACGUCUGAGACACACCUGUCACUCCACUGAGUUAUAUUUUUUUGUGCUUUUAGGAUCAGAGCUUCAGUUUGUUCCCUUUCAGUUUGAAAGACAAAUAUGUGAACCAAGUGAAACUAUCCUCAAACGGGUCAUCAUAUUCACAGUACUGUCACAGUCUUUGUUUCAUCAUUUUAUUAUUGUGAAACAAAAUCUCUUCGGUGAUCCUGCUGCAGCUUGGCAGUCUCCAUCCUGCCUGAAGUGCCUGUCUUCAUCCUCUGUAGGUUUCAGCUCAGAUGUAAAACGUCAGUUUCUGGUUUUAAGUAAAACAACAACUCCGAGUACAUGUGUCAUGCAAGGAAAGCUUGUGAAACACAUCUACACUUACUCAUGUCUGCGCCAUUGAGCCAAAAAGCUGCACAGUGCUACCACAGCCUGACGCUAUUGGAAACGGAGAUCUCUUAUUUUAUCUCACUUUUAUCACCUUUCUGCUGUUUCUGUAAUUUGCUGUUUUGUUUCUGUUGAACUGCUUCUGUUUUAACUGCAAAUAAACAUGAAAUAAAAACA